UGCGCUGUACAGUAUAUAUCUUUUGAAAUAUUUCGCAUGCAUUUCGCUUUAAAACAAUGCGCAGUCAUUUGAUUGAUGGUCUGGUCUCGCUUUGGCUUCGUCCGUUUGAACGCGGGGAAACGUGUUUGGCCGCUUGACCGAAAACAGCACAGCACAGCACAGACGGAAUGAGGAAGACCGAGAGGCUGUCACUCGGUGUGAGUUGAAAUAUAAGAGAAUCGCAUGUGUGCAACCGCGGCUUCCGUGGAAUGAGAAUCUAAAUACUUCAAGUACGUAAUACGUAUAAAGAAUAAAAGAAAAGGGGAAAAAAAAAGGAAAUGAAGGGCAUACGUAUCGAUAUCUGGCAUCGAUUGAAAUCUGGCAGAUAUCUGCAGAAUGCCUUGCUGCUGCCGUUACUACAACAGCCCAUGCUGCGGUAAAAGCGCGCAGUCGCCGUCGUCUUUUUGAGUCUCGUGGGUCUGUUGAAGCCCAAAGUAAAACUGGCACUUGAUCGCCGUCGCUUAGUCAGACAACAACUACUUGUUCGAGCUAACCCGCUCGGCCGUUAGCUGCUGCUGAACCCAUCGCCCGGCCGUCGGUGUCAUCAUACAGUUCCUUCCGUAUUAUAGAUCGUCUUGAAUUCUAUAGUUGGUUUUUUAUUUUUCUCGGAGCGCUGGAACCCAACCGAUCGUUUCCUUGAUGAUGUCCUUAAACCUUUUGAACCCCGCAAGCAGUGGAGCUUCGGGUUAUGGAGUCAGUAGUAGGCGCUGUAACGUCAGGUUCCAACAACGGAAUCGAACACCAGUGACUAGCGUGGAAUCCAUGGAGGAUCAACAGUCGUCCGGUCACUGCGGUUCGUCGCAACACCACGAACACAGCAUCGGCGUGUCGAGUCACCGCGGGUCCGUCCAUCUACCCGAGACGUCGAUCAGCGCUUCCAACUCAUCUGCGGCCUCGUCCCACCAGCAGCUGCACUUCGCUUCGCGAAUGGGCGAAAGACAGGCCACCCUCGCCGAGAAGGAAGAUAGCCUCUCACCGGCCGUCCCCAGCCUUCUGCACUUGCCUCUGUGUCGCCAGACAAAUCCCGUGCCCGGACUCCGCUACCGCAAUCUCGGCAAAAGUGGUCUUCGCGUCUCCAAUGUCGGACUCGGUACUUGGGUUACGUUUAGUGCGCCCAUCAGCGAAGAAGUCGCCGAAGAUAUAAUCGUCAUGGCUUUCGAGAGCGGAAUCAAUGUUUUCGAUCUUUCCGACGGAUACUGUGGACCACGCGCCGAGGUUUCACUUGGUCGUAUUUUAAGACAAAGGCGAUGGAGGCGUUCCAGCUACAUUGUGAUCACGAAAAUCUACUGGAGCUACCGUUCUGAGGAAAGAGGUUUGUCAAGAAAACAUAUCAUCGAAUCGAUUCGCGCUUCGCUGGAUCGGUUACAGCUGGAUUACAUUGACGUUGUGCUCAUUCACAGAGCGGAUCCGAUGUGCCCCAUGGAAGAAGUGGUUCGAGCCAUGAAUCAUGUCAUUGAUCAUGGCUGGAUUAUGUAUUGGGGUACAUCGCGCUGGUCGUCGGUCGAGAUUUCGGAAGCGUACAACAAUUGUCGCCAAUUCAACUGCCCACUGCCAAUUUGCGAACAAUCCGAAUAUCAUUUCCUCUGCCGAGAAAAAAUCGAAAUAUCCCUUCCUGAAGUCUACAAUAAAUUAGGUGUCGGGCUGAUGACAUGGUCUCCACUCACCAUGGGAUUCAGCGCUUCAAAGGGCGAGGAGACCUUCCCGAAUUUUCACCGCAUGUCCUUUAAGAAAAAGUUUUCUACCGUCACUUGGCCGGACGACGAAGCAGCAGCCGCUACCAAAGAAAACGCUUAUGUGCCGAGGAUGUCCGCUGAAGAAGUUCAGCGUCAGAAUGGCAAGCUGCGGGAAAUCUCGCUAAUGGCCGAGCGCUUCGGUUGUACUUCAUCCCAGUUGGCCAUUGCGUGGACGCUGAAAAACGAACACGUUCAUUCAGUACUGAUCGGAGCUAUUUCUCCAGAACAAUUGUACGAACACCUCCAAGCUCUUCAGAUAGUGCCUAAAUUGUCGGCUGCAGUCAUGCUGGAUCUUGAACGAGUGCUGGAUAACAAACCCAUACGCCCACCAAUGAUAUCGACGCUGGCGAUGAGGUGACAAGAUAAUAUCGAAAAUAGUUUACAGGCUGAUAAACUGAUGGUUACCUUGGAAACCACUGAAAGUGCGACUUCGACCAGUUGUGGUCAAAUCAUUGGAGCCAAAUUCUCAUGUAACACGUUGGCCUUUUGUAUUAUUCUGUGACUAUAUGAGAUGGGCUUCGUGGGUAAAAUUCUUUCUGCCAUAUCGCUGAAUAAGAAAGUUGAGAUAGCACGGCGUCGGCGUCCUUUCUUUUCUGCUGGUUGCACGAAACAAAGUUGUAUCUCAAUAUAGUAUAGGCCCUUUUCGAAUAUUUAGUUUGGAAAUGAUUUGGUAAUCUAUCGUUUGCCUAUUAAUGCGUAAGUAAACCAAUACAAAAAUAUAUUUCGUUAUAAAAUGAAAAGCAUUGAGAGUUUCAAGUCUACUGUAGUUUCCACGUUAUAUUUGAUCUUGUAUAGUUUAUAAAAUAUCGAUGCUUGUGUUCGAUUCUGCUAAUAACUAAUACAGUAUAUCCAUGA